GCGAGCGAGAAGCAAGAGCAUCGCGACACGAUCUCCCGAUCUCUGAUCCAGAUCUACGGAGCACCGGCAUCCUAUUACUGCAUAUGGUAUCGUCACGCCGGCUACUUGUCACACCCCUUCGUUUUAGAAACCUGCAGCUCUUUGGCAGAGCCUUCGACGACCGACCAUGCCUUCGUCGUUCUACAUCCCCAUUCUCCUUGCGGGUAUGAUAAUCACGGGGUCGAGUAAUUCUUUGUGGACCAAGUGGCAGGACAUGCAAUGCGUGGAGAACUGUAGCGACUCCAACCCUGCAAAGCACGUUCUUUACGAGCAGCCUGUAUGGCAAACUCUGCAGAUGUUCCGCUUUCUCCCUGUAAUUUAUACGUGGCUCCGUGCACGUCAGCGUACUGCACCCGUAUUUCUCCCGUCAGAUUUAGAAGAAGACGUUCAUGAGUCCGGCAAAAUCGAGGAAACUUGUGAAGAGCUACGAGGCUGGAAAAUUCUUCUUUUGUGGUUACCCGCUGCUUGCGAUCUCACCGGAACAACGCUUAUGAAUGUCGGUCUCCUCUAUACUCCCGUUUCCAUUUAUCAGAUGACACGUGGAGCUCUCGUUCUUUUUGUCGGCACCCUUAGUGUCAUCUUCCUACACCGUCGUUUAUGGCUCUAUCAAUGGGUCUCUCUCUUGACAGUCAUGGCCGGUGUCUCGCUAGUAGGAUACAGCGGUUCGCUUAUCAAAGACGUUGUACAACCCACCUUGCGUCUCUUGGGUACCGAUCAGUCAGAGCCUGAAAUCACCAAAGUCCUCGUUGGCGUCUUCUUCAUUCUCUUCGCCCAGGUGUUUACGGCAACACAGUUUGUUGUGGAAGAGAAGAUCAUGGCCCGUUACUCCGUGGCACCUUUGGUUGCUGUGGGCUACGAGGGUUUAUUCGGUACCCUCUCCAUCAUCAUGUGCAUACCCAUUCUGGCUAUGCCGUCAAUCGCUUCUAGUUCGCCUUUCUUUGACCUUCCUAGGGGUUGGUACCAAUUGGUGAACACGCCUAGUGUCCUUUGGUCAGGGAUCGCCAUUGCGAUUAGUAUCUCCUUGUUUAACUACUUCGGCUUGAGUGUCACCAGGCAUGUAAGCGCCACAGCGAGAAGUUUGACCGACACCUGCAGAACACUCUCAAUCUGGCUAGUCAGCCUCGCGCUAGGCUGGGAGAAACUUCUUUUCCCCAUUUCGCUGCUGCAAGUACUAGGAUUCUCCUUCUUGUUCCUUUUCAAUGGUUUGGUCAAUCCUCCCUCUUUCCUCCACCCGCCCUUGGUUGUAGAAGAGACGGUAGGUGGCGAAGCGGAAGAAGGGGAGGCCUUACUCGCGUCACAGCAUCUGGACGAUACUGCUGCUCUUCCUGUUGACCUUGGUCAAAGUGGUUACGAUGUUUUGCCGAAAGAUGUCAGAGUUCAUGCGCAAGGUGUCUCGUCAGCAGAAGAUUGAGGCUUGAGGAUUCAUCAAGAUGAUAUUUACACAUAAUACGUUGAUCCAUGUACAUGCAUUGAUGCGGACGCCACAUAAUUGAUGCGUACCGCCGUUUAUUAAAGACGCCGUUCACGGACCC